UAAAAGUUUAGGAGGUGUUGCAGGCUGAUGCGGUGGCCUGGCAAGGCCUGAGCAAUGGCCCUGUGUUUCUCCCUGGCCUCCCUUCCCCAAAUCACCCGUACAGCGAGCACAGCCGCCACUGGUUCUUCAAGGGCCGGCUCCACGUGGACGGGCAGGAGCUGGCUCACUCGCUGUUCGAGUCGAUCAUGAGCACCCAGGCGUCUUCCAACCCCAACAACGUCCUCAAGUUCUGUGACAACAGCAGUGCAAUCCAGGGAAAGGAAGUCCGAUUCCUGCGGCCGGAGGACCCUGCCCAGCCAAGCUGCUUCCAGGAACAUUGGGGGCUGAGACACGUCGUCUUCACAGCAGAGACCCACAACUUCCCCACAGGAGUUGCCCCCUUCAGCGGUGCCACCACGGGAACUGGGGGCCGGAUCCGUGAUGUUCAGUGCACAGGCCGGGGGGCCCACGUGGUGGCCGGCACUGCUGGCUAUUGUUUUGGAAACCUGCACAUCCCAG